AUGGAUACACCGACAAACCCUACGGAAAAGGUGCCUCCGCCAGCUCUCAAGGCGACCGUUGGGCCGAACCCAACGACCACUCGCGGCGCUCCGAGUGUUUUGGGCGUCCACCCCAAAGAGCCCAAACUUAUCUACUGCAGUGGGAAGCUCGUGAUUGUGCGGCACCUGGAGGACCCGACCGAUACGUUCGUGUACAAGGGCCACAACGAGCCAACGACCGUGGCCAAGUUCUCGCCGAAUGGCUAUUGGGUCGCGUCCGGUGACGUGUCGGGCAAAGUGCGUGUGUGGUCGUACGACAAUCCCGAGCACACGCUCAAGUUGGAAGUCCCGGUCUUUGCUGGCGAAAUCAAAGACUUGUCAUGGGACCCUGAGAGCAAGCGGAUCGUUGCCGUGGGUGACGGACGUGGUUUCAUGGCACGGGUGUUCACGUACGAUACGGGCAAUAGCAUUGGCGAGAUUGUGGGUCACCAGAAGCGGAUUCUGAGCGUGGAUUACCGUCCGACGCGUCCUUUUCGCAUCAUGACGGCAAGUGAGGACUUUAACGUGUGCGUGUACGAAGGCCCUCCGUUCAAGUUCAAGCAGAACAACAAUAACCUGCACGCCAACUUUGUCAAUUGCGUGCGCUUCUCGCCGAAUGGCGAGUUUGCAGUCAGCGUUGGCUCGGACAAGCUCAUGUGCUUGUACGAUGGCAGCAGCGGCGAGCUGGUGGACAAGUUCCCAGCGGCACACCAGGCGUCCAUCUACUCUGUGUGCUGGAGCCCGGAUGGCACACAGCUGCUGACGUCGUCGGCGGAUAAGACGGUGCUGCUCUGGGAUGUUGUGUCCCGCAGUGUCGUGACAAAGUUCACGUUUGGUGGCUCGAAGCCACAGGUGAAAGACAUGCAAGUGGCGGUCGCCUGGUGUCAGAACCAUCUGAUCUCGCUCAGUCUCUCGGGUGACCUGAACUUCCUGGACCUGGACAGCCCGUCGCAGCCGAAACAAGUCGUGCAGGGUCACCAGGUGAGUAUCCUGUCGCUCGCAACAGAGCCAUCGCAGCAGCGCAUCCUUACGGGCAGCUACGACGGCGUUGUUUGCUCGUGGACGUCAAAGACUGCCACGACUCUAGUAGGCGCCCACCAUACUGCAAAGAUCACGGGCAUAUCCGCCACGUCGAGCCAAAUUGCUAGCUCAGGGUGGGACGACCAGCUGCGUUUUGCCAACGGAAUGGAGUACGUCGCCGCUGAGGCACUGAACGCGCAGCCGAAUGGCGUGGCGCUCACGGAGUCUGGUCUUGCUGUGGUCAGCACGGGCAAGGGCGUGAAGCUUUUGCGCGACCACAAGUUGGUGUUUGAGACGCCAACGUUCUCGUGGACGCCCACUUGCGUGGCGAUCUCGCCGUCAGAAGACCUUGUGGCAGUUGGAUCACAAGAGGACAUGAAGAUUCACUUGUUUGACGUGGUGAAUGGUUCGUCACUUGUCGAAAGCGGUGAGAUUGUCGGACACCUGGGUGCCCUGACGUCCGUGUCGUUUUCGCCAGAUGGCUCGCUGCUCGCUGCGGGUGACACUUACCGUGAAGUGCGCGUGUGGGACGUCGCGUCUCGUUCAGCCAAGGUGCAGGGCAUGUGGGUCUAUCACUCGACGCGCGUGACGAGCGUGGCUUGGGCCCCGAGCGGCGACUUUGUGGCCAGUGGCUCACUGGACGAGCGCAUCUACAUUUGGGACGUGAACAGCCCCAUGAAGAAGCGCGUGUUCGACUUUUCGCACAAGGACGGCGUCACGGGUGUGGGUUUCGUGUCCGAGACGGAGCUCGUGUCGGUUGGCAAUGACGCUUGUGUCAACCAUUGGGACUUGUCCGCUUGA